AUGGACACCAGUUCAGUGGGAAAAUCAUACAAAAAUCCUCCUGGUAGGUUACAGGUUACCAAUCCAUUAGCCAAUAUCCACAUUGACUUUCCCACAUCCCUUGAUUUUGUAGCAGCCUCAAUUGCCUCAAGCACAAAAUGUUCAUGUUCCCAUCCAGUAAAGAAGACCGUCAAGGCUAGUACAGAGCAGCAAGAUGUUGAGGACCAAGGCUAA